AUGCUUGCAUUCAACGAAGUCAGUUAUCUGGAAAAGACGGAGGAUAUACGCGCUAACUCGUUUAGCUAUCAUAACAGGAUGUCCAGGCACUCUAGAGAUUCGGAGAGCCCCCUACCAAUUAUCCAGGAGCCUCCGCUCCCCAAGUGCUCGACGUCUGUUCUUCGCCGGAUCACGCCUCCUAUUACAGGAAACAGCUCGGGCUAUGGAUAUCAAGCUGAAGAUCAACACGGCGUUAGCUUUCUUUCGGUAGGGAGUAGAAACUUUUUAACAGAAGGCAAGCUACCACAGGACAUUACAGAUCUGUACAACUGCUAUCGCCCCAUUAUCAUGCACACGUACAUGACUGGAAGAGCAUACGUCCCCUGUGAGCGUGUGCACAGCCCUUUAGUAUCCUUACAAGACAGAGCAGGAGCACAGAUGUUUCCGGAGAGGCACUUUUCAGGAACAGGAAAUGCAGCAACACAUUGGUAUUCAAAGGAAUGCGCAAAAACGGCAAAGCACGUAUUGCGGCUUAUGAACUUCGCACGAAUAGAAGAGCCUGAAAAUUUGAUCUGCCCUCAAAAAUUAGGUGGGCUACAGUGUGCACUAAAGGCAGACAAAAGUAAGUUGGAGCAUAGGCAUAAAUAUGUACGUCCCCGCACCAGUGCGAAAACGCCAGCUGACUAG